AUGUGGCCUUUUAAUACCUUGUGCAAUAGUACGGCGCGUACUAUUGCAAAAUUGCGUCUUGAUGGCAAAACAGUGAUUAUAACGCAAAUUGGAGCAAAUUCCAAAAUCGGCAAGGAGACUGCCAGAGAUUUAUACCGAAGAGGAAGUGCCAGGGUGAUUUUGGCUUGUCGUAAUAUGGAAAAGGCAAACGCCGCAGUGGACGACAUUAAGAGAAAUUCAUUUUCAAAAGUGGAUGGGCAACAGCUGAAGGAUAAGACAGGUGAUCUCGCGGUUUACCAACUGGAUCUCAGCAGUUUCCAAAGUGUAAGAGAAUGCGCUAAGAAUUUACUAGCAAAAGAACCAGUGAUUCAUAUUCUCAUAAACAAUGCCGGCAUUUUUAUGUAUCCAUCCGAGAAAACCGAGGACGGAAACGAGAUGCACCUGCAGUCGAAUCAUCUUGGACAUUUUCUUUUAACGCUGCUAUUAUUACCGAAAUUGCGAUUAUCUGGUUUUGGUUGCAGGAUAAUUAACGUAUCGUCUGUGGCGCAUUGGUUUGGCAAUAUAAAUUUUGAUGAUAUCAAUUUGGAAAAAUCUUAUAGACCAUGGAAAGCUUAUGCACAGAGUAAACUGGCAAAUAUUCUAUUUACUAAAUAUAUGAAGUGUCCCAAACAACUCGCGCAUCAAUUAGCAAAGGCAGAGAUAGGAGGAAUAAAUGUUUACGCUUUACAUCCUGGUCUUAUACCUACGGAAAUAUCACGUUAUAGCGGCGACACCUUUUUUUAUGGUGCGGACAAACUUUUCAAUUGUUUUACAUGGAUGUUUUUUAAGAAUGUGGUGCAAGGAGCACAAACAACGAUAUAUUGUGAGGUAGAUGAAAAAGUGGGCGAAGAGACUGGGCUCUAUUAUUCUGAUUGCAGUCCUGCCAUGACACAUAGCAGAGCGAUGAAUGCCGAUUAUAGCAAAAAGUUGUGGGAUAUAUCUUGCCGACUGUUGCAUUUGGAGCCCGAGGAAAAUCUUGUUGCAUUGUUGAAUACUAUUUCACGUCAAAUUGUUGAUUAA